AUGUCCUCCGAAAGGGUUCCGGAAAUUCUCUUCACGCCAACAAUUAGCUGUUAUUGCGCGACAGUUGAGGUAACUCACCCCUGUAUGCUUUGAUUGCACAACGUUGUUAACAAGUUUAGCCCUUAUUUUAUCUGCUUAAUGUAUAUAUUUCGGCAUGAGCAGUGUUUUUCCAGGCAGGCCUUUUAUGACUCCUUCAUCGCUUAUAGCGAUUUAUGAUGAACCUAUAGGUAAACGUAUGCUGUGCAGCAACCGUGAUUUAUCCUUGUACCGAAUUCAUCCUCAUGCAUCUUUAUCUCUCAAGACAAAUAACCUGAGACAAUUGCAACCAAUGCUCUCAUUUACUUUAAUUUAAUUAUCGCUGUAUCAGGUGAAACGUCCGUACUUUUCACUUCAGGACGGCAUACGUGUUAACGGCAAUUUUCCGUCCGGCAACUUGCCAAACCUCCUCUCAUCUAUUCAUUGCGUUGGUGAUAUCUUUAAGGAAGCGGCGACUCUAGCGGGUUUGUUUGUUGUAUCUUUUGUUUGAAUGCAUGGCUGGCACAAUCCAAAUAGGAAUCUUAAGAUUUGAACUGAGUAGGCAGUAAUAAAACUUGGGGACUGUGCCAUCACUCGCCUUGUCGGUUUUCCUUCGACUGCCACAAAUGCGAAGAUUUUUUAACCACUAAGGAGUGUAGACAGGCACGCUUCGGGGGGUUUCUUUAUGAAGUACAAUGAAUACGUUUAUACUUAAGCAAAAGGAUGAAGAUGGCCGAUCUGCUCACUGUUGACUCUGUCAUUCCCUUAUUAUUUGGGGAUGGCUGUCGUAUUAAAUAGGUAGACAAAAUGACACAAGGUAUGUAUAUUUCAAUAAUAAAGACAGUACCGUUGAUUUUGAAUUUAUUGCGAGCAGUCAUAACUUCCGUAAUUACAUCUUCUCUUACAACCUGAGGAAAAAAGAUGACAGCCUACUGCUGAGUCUGAAAAUGAAGUGUGGUUGACCUAAUUAUGUGCCAGUUUGUGCGGGAACCAAUGUAGCCAUCGUGUUCUGUUGUACGAAGUUGCAACGGAGCUUCUAGCACUCCUUCUUAGCUGGUCAGCAAAACUCGUGGGCGUUCACUCCUAAUUGAUAAGUCUCCAAAGACAUGACUGGGGACCACAUUUGUUUAAACCUCUCCGCUCACCUUAAAUGCUACAUACAUGAUAUAACACCAAAGUCGAAUCGCGAUCUGGAGCUUACUUGGACGUUUAUCCUCGUGGUUGGGAUAUGUUUGACGCCGGACAGUCUUAAUUUAUAUCAAACUGUAAGGUGAAAAUUGAUUGCCACAUCCUUGACAGACAUCCGAGGCGUAACUUUUGCAAGCUGAGACCAAACCUGUGCCUGCCUAAUUCCGUCGUUAAAAUGAGUCCUUCUUUCAGAAAAUUAGGGUAUGAACUCACCCCUGGGAAGCAGAAAUCGGCAUCCCAGUAACAAGAGUUUUAUUUGCUCGGCUUUUUGAUUCUAUGUCAGAUGGAUAAAACUCUUGUCCCAGUGAUCAAUAUUCCUCCUUAACGAAGGUAUAUUUUUCCUGUGAAUAAAUUGAAAGGACAGUGGUAGGAUACUUAAACAUAACAGAAGAGUUUAAAGGUUAUAGGAGGAAAUGCAUUAUACGGGUUGGCGAGCGUGUGUAUACCUAGUAAGAAAUUUUAAUCAAGGACCAUUCUGAAGAGAAUUCUAGCCUGUUCAAAGUAGCAUGUCACCAUGGAUCUCCCUAGUUAUAAAGUAGCUAGUAAUGCCUCAGUCACUCAGGGAUGGCGAGCAAAUCCUAACUGAUCACGUUGACAUGUCGCAGUAGUUGAGAAUAGCAGGAAAAUUGGGAAUUUUGCACAUUCAACCAGAAGCAGUACAUACUGUCUUCUAAAAUAUAUUUAGACAUUGGCAGGAUUUUAGAGUUAGCCAUUCAUAGUGCCUGCGAACUUGCUUUCUAGUAUGAUGGGGGCUAGGAAAGUGAAGACCUACUUUCCCUCUGCAGUCAUCAUUCCCCAAUGUGAAUGGUUUUCAUGGACGCUCGACAUGCAAUCAGUAGUUGGACCGUCCGGGGCAAGGAGGUCCGCCAAUGUCCGACGAGGUGGGCACAGCUGUGACUUGCGCGUAAAUCUGUUUGCAGUGAAACAGACAUGCGAUGCGUCUACUUUACUGCCGCAUAGUGUUCCGGUGUUAAGACAAAAUCAGGGUGACCGGGAGUAGGCAUGGACGCAUGAAAGACGAGUUCGGGCUUCGUCACAGGCGUGAUUACUAUAGCAGACUGUAUAAUGUCCGGCCUAAUCGCCAGAAAAGGCACAGCAUAUUUAAUCUCUGGGCGUAUCCAAAGUGCUUAUACCUAUGUUAAGCUUCCGGUGCAGAGAGGAGGAAUAAAGCAUAGCGGUAGGCCGAUCUCUACACCCCAUCUCCCGGACGUAGAUAUUUUUGGCUAUCCAUAUUUUCAGCCUCUCCGUAAAGCUUACUGUUCCACUUUUCCCAUGCUGUUUGUGCGAUUGUCCCGUCCUUGAGUUUCAGCGUAGCAUGACAAGUUAAAUAGGACGGUGAAGUUUUAGCUCCUGGGAAAAUGAUACAACGGUCUCCCUUUUAUAAUUCUCUCCCCACGUAUCAGUACGGGAAAUUACAUCUAUGCCUAUCUUUUGUCUGAGUAUUGCAUUGUUUCUGAAUCGUGCUUCCCUAUUCAUUGCAGCCGACCGGCCCUGUCUCGGUUCUCACACCUCACCAACCGAACCUUAUACCUGGAUAACCUACGCCGAGGUUGAUUUCAUUCUUACUUCCUUUACCUCAUGUUGUCCACCUUUUCAUAGUGCUACGCUCGUCUUAAGCACUUCGGCUCAGGCCUCCAAGAGUUCGACUGUCUGUCUGCAACCCCUUGGCGAUGUGUCGGUAUCUACGGUACUAACUGUUCCGAGGUAGGUUUUCAGCCAUCAUGUGUGUUCGUGUCUUUCAUUCUUGCAACAAUAUUUGCGCUGCGUCUGAGAGGCAACAUAUUUACGAUUUCCAGGACUAGGGGAAGGCGGUCAGUAGGUCGUGCCAGCUUUCAGUGAUCCAUACUGGAGCCGCGUCUUCUUUCUCUGCUUGCCUGCCUAUUGCGUGAACCAAAACCUACCUGUACCCGACCCGUUGCGUCCAAAGACGCUGCCGUGAGCUCCGUUAAAAUCCAACAGUCGGGUGAGAUGGGUUCGCCGUAGCAGCGCCAUAGCUGUUGAGGAGAUCGGGAUGAAAGCUGAUUUUAGCUGCUCCCCAUCCAUAGGAAAUCAGUGAGAAACAGCAAGCAGUAACGUGUUGCCCUUUUGGUUAGUUCAGCCUGCACUGAUUCAGCUGUCUGUUUAAGCAUCCUCUGUUCUCCUACGGGCGCACUGGAUGCAGUUGCUCGUUUAUUUAAACACAAUAUAAUGGAUGCUGCAGAAUGUUCUUCAGGUUUUUUUUAUUAAGUUUCUCUUUUAGCCUACUUUGGCAAGUAAGCUAUAUUGCACCCAACCCUUUCGGAGUUUUUUGACUUUUGCGUAUUGUCAGAGGGUGGUUCUUUUCUGCUGUGAUGUACUGAUUAGUGAGCAGCUUAUGCUGAUUUGUGUGUGCCCUCCAAAGACGCCUAGCAGUGAGUUGGUUUAUUGGGUUCCUCCUCUUGCCAGAUGUCGGGACAACGGUUUUUGCUAUGUCAGUAUGGCCAUUUCUGUACUAUUCUAGCUUUCUGUCCUCCGAUCUUCAGACUUACAACCUCUUUUAUCUACCGAAUACAUCUUUGUUGCAUCCCUUCGAAGUUAAGGGGCAACGAGAACGGAUUACCAUUUCUGUCAAAACCGAUGUUUUCCUCCCCAUCGUUGAAUAAUAGUGUUUCAGACAUCAGCAGAUGAGAAGUCUCGCAGUGUGCGACGUCUGAUGACUAUGUCGUCUCACUACCUGCAUAUGCAAGGUGUGACUGAAUUAUGCCGGCAAACGGACAACGACUGCUGGAUCUGGUAGACUGGUUGCCAAAUGUGUAAAAAAGAGCAGCAAUUGUUUUACAUAGUUUACUGGUUCCUAAAUACGUCUUCCUGGACUACGACUCGGUUGAAGUGGCGUCAUGUUUGUACGUGGCACGCAUUGGAUAGAGUCUUUACGUCACGUCGGCCACUGCGUUAAGUCUCAUCGCCAGUUAGCUUGGUUCGGACUUUGCACUAAUUUGAGGAGAAAGAGAAAUUGAGGUUUUUGCUCCCGAAACCAGCGCUUGGUCACCCCGCUAUAAACAAUUUCGCACGCUGAUAAGAUUGCUACUUGGGGAGAAUAACUCAAGACAUAGAGUUGGGCCAUACUGGCUCUCUGUUAAUAAUGUGGUGUUCGUUUUUCGUGUAUAUGUGAGACCGGAGUCUUCCACGCCAUAGGUUGGUACGUGCGGGUUUAGUGACUGGCAUCUGUGUGAUACAUAGAGACGUGAAUUCACCCACUCUGCGUCAUCUUCAAAUUGUCCUAUCCUACCAUUAGCGCAUGGUUUGUGGGGACAGAGUGGGUAAAGUGAAUGCCUCGAUAAUCUACUCCCCUGCGGACAUAUUUACGCGCGAGUCAGCACUGUGCUUUUUAUAGAGCAGUAGUGGCCAUUGUCCUGCGUGGCAGCAAAAUCCUUGGCGAGUUAUGCAGUGCGUAUUUUGCAGACAGUUUUCUGCUCGACUAGUUGGCCAGAUGGCCAGUCUCCAGCGCCCUCUCGACUGGGUAAGAUACUACGCAUGUGUGGUGGUCAUCUUCCAACGCGAAACCUGACUACUCAAAUCCGACUCGGAUUUGGAGUGGGGUGAUAUUUGAAGAAAGAAGAGGUGAGUGUUCCGUAGACCUUUUCGGUGCUUCCGUCCCAAAUUAGGCAUCCGCCACUCCUGUCCUUAUGUAGCCUACCUACUGAGCUAAGGCCCCUACACUUUCUUAUCUUUUUCUAUGCCCAAUGAUAGAAUUCAUGAUUUGUGUCUUUUCAGUGGGUCAUCGCACAAUACGCAUGCGCUUCCUACAGACUUACCUCGGUUCCCCUCUACGACACCCUGGGAGAUGAGGCCAUUCUUCACAUCUGUAAUCAGGGUAAGAUUUUUAACUGCCGUUGCGAGAUUGUUCUCAGUAGUACUUCAUGUGAGGCCGCCUCCUCUUGUCUGAUGGUUUCCCAGCAUGACACUCCUUGAGCGCGACUACGAUCACCGUAGUUCUAACUGGAAAUUGUCCUACCCCACAGUAACUUUAGUCAGAACCACUAUUUCAAUUUUGUAAUUUUGCGCAGACCUUGUGCUUUCUAACUUUAUUUUUCGCUUUCCUCCUGCAGCGGAUCUGUCCACCGUUGUCUGCGAUACACCGGCGCGUGCCUCAAAACUGUUGGCCUUGACGUCUUCUCUGGAGUGUUUGAAGCACAUAAUUGUCAUGAAAUCCUCCAGCGAGGAGAUGAAGUCACUCAAGAGCAAGGCUGGGCCCGGCGUACAAAUCCACACCUUUGAUGAAAUUAUUGUAGGUUGUGCCCUCUACCCUGUCGUUCAUUAUUGCCCAUAGUUCAUGGUGGUGGGGGGAGAAAGUUGUAAGGGUCUUUUCCCCUGCAUGCCUAGAUGAGAAUUUUGCUUUUGGUUUCUUUUAGACGCUUGGAAGCACCCAUCCGAAGGAAGUCUUGGUAUGUCACUGCCAAGGGAUGAGCACGGCUGGCAGUUAUUUUUGUCGACUUCUUUGUUAGCUUUAGCUGCGUCCGUCUCCGCCAACCGCCUUUGAGUUCUGAUAUCUUUCAAUCCCCAUUCGCUACGGUAAUAACUAAGUGUUCGCAAAAAUUGAUUUUGUACUUUUGGACACCUGCCCGGCGGGCAAAUUAGAUAGCAGAGCUCGUAGAGUAGGUCGCCGUGGCUAUUUCCAUGCAUAGUACUUUUCUCUGAAAAUCCUACAGAAUGUCAUGUUUGUUGUGCGUUGUUCAGAGUCUGCUCGUGCGAUGAGUCAACCUAUCAUGUAAACCGCGCAAAUUUUCCCCAUCUUUUAUCGAAAUGGGGAUCCGGCAUUUGUAUGUGACCUGGAUCGAGGACGAACUCGUAAAACAAUGCUUAUUUUCAAAGUGCGUUGUUACGGACCUUUACUUAGAGAAUCCUCUGGCUCACAUAGCUACUUGAAAAUAAGGGAAUUUACUGGGAAAUUCUGCAUCCGUCGGCCAAGACAGCUUGAGCCGAACGUGACAGUGCAUUUUUGGGUAACGACUGGAUAGCUGGACCCAAGUUUUUAUUACUUUUACAUGUCUAUUUACUUGAUUUUGUUAGGCAUGUUAUGCCAGGGUUUCUUUUCUGAUUAAGCUUAAGAAAAUGAUUGGUUGUGGUAAUGCUUUAUAUUAGAAUUUGGACUAAUUUUGCCUGCCGCAUACCGUCCUGACCGUCAUCUUUCUCCCAUCCGUCGUAGAUUGCACUGUCUGCUCCGGCACCUGAUCGAAACAAUAAAACAAACAUAUGGCAGAAAUCCGAGUUUACUUGAUGGCUUCCGCAGCUUCAUUUAUUCGUCGGGUUAAUCUGCCCUUCUGAUAAAACGAAUAUUAACAUCCUUUCCAUAUUACAGGAAUUCUGGGCUCUAUUUUCUGGGUGGGGUUACAUAUCCAGUCGUAACCCAUUUGACUCAGCAUUGCAAAUUAACUGUAAGCUCACUUUAAGGAGGACAUUUUGACCGGGCAGGAGUUUUAUGGAACAGAUCCCAACCGCCAGGGAAACUCGAAGGUACCUAUGUAUUAGGAAAGCCAGUGAUUAAGCCCCGUGCCGUUGACGAUUGGGUCCUCUUGCGCAUAGGGGCCCAAAAACUCGGACAAGGUUGAAAACUGAUGAAAAACUUUUAAAUGCCGUUCGAACUCGCCGAAUUACUAUCCUUCGAGGUCGAUUUUCCCUUGAUAAGCCAAAAAUAUCGUAUUAUUAUCGCUCUCGGGAGAAAUCUGGAGUACAACACCCGGUUUACUCAGUAUCAGCAAUCUAACAGAAGACAGCCUAUAUGCUUGGGUUUCUAGAUUAAUGCGGAACUGGAAUAGGUACUAAGAAUUUUGAUGCCUGUCCACUUUUCGCGUAGGGAGAUCAGGCAUAAGACUUAUCUAAAUCGCCAAUAAUAUAAUUGUCCUUCUCCCAAAGACACCAAUGAAUUAAUUGUCAUUGUCGUUCCCAGGUGGUUUACUGGAUGUGUUCGUUUGCCCUCCAAAAGAAGUGCGCCACCGUUUCGUCAGACCCGAGAAGGGUCACAACUGACUCAUGGCGUGCAGUGGUGGCAGUGAAAGUAUCUUGCACAUGUUAGUAAUGAAUUAUAGAACAACAGUCUGACCGGCUUCGAAACCUAAGGGCGGGUUUCUGGACGAAAUGUUGACUGUGUUUCGAUUGACGCAUACAGAUUGCCUCAGAAUUGAUGCAAUACGCGCUUGCCCAAUGAUUCGUGUGCACGCAUUGUGUUACCUAUCAGACGACUGUUAUCUUGCAGGUAGAUUAUUUUAGGGAUACUGCCCAAGUUCUAUGGCAGCGCCCCACUGGUCAGCACGGACCUGUAUUAAAAUAGUCUUUAAGACCUGACGGUUCUUCGGCUUUCGCAGCGGAGGACAGGAUUGAGUGGAGCUCUCUCGGUCCACUUCCACAAAUUAGCACUCAAUGAAAGGCACUAUGUGAGAUGUCAUCAAGUUCAGCCAGCUCAUUCGUCUUUGUGGUUAUAUUGGGUAUCAGUGAUGCACUAACAGGGCAUUUGACUCUUCUCUUGGCUUCCAAGAGAAGAGGUAGAAGUGUUGAAAUAAUGGAGUCAACCACAAAUCGGGGCUCUGUGCGAAGCUCAUUCAACGCGCAGAUUGCCCAAAUUUGCUGCAUUUGUCAGAUAUUCUUUUGCCUAUAGGAUGAUACGUACCUGAGUUUGCAUCACAAUGUCGCGGGCUGGGACUUAGCAGUCUGUGGGUCAGGUUCACUCCAAGAGGUUGUAGCGUCCGAAGAAACGUCUUCGAAUUCCCUCUGACAUCGGUGAGGAUUUGAGCGUUUAACUUCCUUUCUGUGCCCUAGUCGUCGGGCAGUCGCUGAACUGUCAGCUCACUCUGAGGAGGUCGUCGGGGCCCAGCUGUGCAGCAUGUCGACUGUUGUGCCCCAGCGUCCUUCUGCACGAUCGAGUAUACGAUGGCAUCUGUACACCUGAGAAGGGAGGUGGUAUCUUUGCCAAGUCAGCGAUGGGUCUUCUAAAUGCGCCGUAGUAUGCAACGCCUCAUAUGCGGGCAGUGUCUGUCGAUCUAUGUCGACUGUCGGACGGUUUGCCUUGGAGUCGCUGCUUCAGACUUGCCUGUUGUCACUCGCUAGUCAUACCCAACUCCAGACUGGAAGAAGGGGACAGCUAAUCAUGGAGCACUUGGGCCAGCCUCUCUGUCAUUUGAACCACGAGCCUGUGUCUCAUCGAUCGCGAUCGGGGUAUUCGGUCACAUAAGGGUGCCGUUUCACUCAUAUAUCCUAGUUGCAUGGACUAUAGACGGGAAUUCCAAACCAAACUGGAAUCGCCAUUUUUCUGCUCUACAAUCAGGUUAGAUCGACAAACGCCCACCAAAGUGAUCAGAUGUUUCCUACCGCAGCCUUCCGAACUCGAGUUUAUGGCUCAGCGGUAGAGUGUGGGAUUUACUUCGCAAUCGCAGACCUAUCCAUGUUAAAACUGCGGAUCUUCCUGGCCUGCGAUCUGACUGGGAGUUGCUGGUGACGACACAAAUCAGAAGCAGUCAUUUGUAUUUUCCGUUUUUUGUCACUAAUACUCGUCCAUCAAAUGUCUCUGCUUGUUCUGCUGCACUUUGCAGCCGAGAAUUGAAUUUAAAUUACUGUUUCCCACUUUUUUCUUAUGAAUGGGACGCUAGAAUUAGCGGACUUAAAAGGCUGCCUAAGGUGUGUCGCUGUUAGAAUUUCCGAGGUAUCUAAAAUUCAUCGAACCCUUACCGGACGGCAGUUGCAUACUUGUUUGAGUGGACAUUUUGGUAGCGCAAUCGCCGACAACCUACUCGCACAACCCAAUUUCACUAAGCCCUUCCCAUCUCUUUCCAUACAGCUGUCGUUGCCCGUAGGUUUCCUCAUUUUAUAAAGCAUACAACCGUGGCGCACUAUUUAGCCCCAGUCACCGACGUAUGAGCUUGUUUAGUGAAAUGAGUGAUAGGGGAGUGUAAGUCUUGUGUUUUUCGCAGUUCUGAGCCCUUCCCAGCCCUCUUGCUAUCCCUAACGACAUCUGUCCUAACAGAUACGAUCGGUGUCAUGUCAUAGGACCACCCUACUCCUUUUUACCACUCGUUUAUGCAAACUGUGCUAAUUUCGACUGCUCUAUAAAUGCUUUUACAGGGCUUUCCGCGUUCACAGCGCCCACAAUGUAUCCAAGAUACUGUGUUGAUGUCUGUUUUACAUCGAUUUGGACUUUUUCUCACAGCAUUCUUUUCCUUGUAUGGGUUAGUCUUCCGGACCAGACGACCUGAUCCUCAUAUGCUACACCAGCGGAACCACAGGUCAGUGUAUUUUUCGCCAAAAAGAGGGAAGUCCUUUGCUUAAUUUAUUCGUCUGUGUUACCUGUUUCUUCGGCUUGGUCUAACCUCGGAAUUGUGCACCUGUACAUUUCAAAGAUAGGCUCCUAUCACGUUCCGUCCGCUUUUCAUCAAGCCUGCUUAAAACUUCCGUGCUUGCUUGUUAAAAAACGCAAUCCGAUCAAGGUUUUGGGGGAGGUGAGAGGGGUAACAGUCCAAAAUUUAUUCUUUCGUCAGGGCUACAUCCUACGGGCCAUCUGCCCGGGUCAAUUCCAUUUACCACGUCGACAGACCCCUGACGCCCGACAUUCCUCUUACCCAACCGUAACUAACUGUUCUUUUUUACAUGUUUAUUCAUUCCGCCCAAAACGGUUAUCCUUUGAGGUCGUUUUUCCAUUAUCGGUGAAAUCCUCAGUGUAACACCUUGGCUACCCAAAAUUAGGAAACUUAGAGAAGAUGGCCUCCAAGUCAUCUAUCAACGUUUUACUGCCACCAGGUAGUGGGGACAUUGAAGAGCCAUGAUGUACGGGCAUCUUUUCAAGCAGCAGAAUGAUCAGUCGGAAGACCAAUCUAAAUCAUCAGUAAGGUAACCGUCAUUGUCUGUCGUUGACUGUUCAAAUGGAUAUGUGUGUGUUUGCCCUCUAGACGAGCCGCGCCGCUGUUUCGUCAGACCAAAAUAGGAUUACAAUUGACUCAUGGCGUGCUAUCGUCGGGCUGCACUGAGUCUGUGCGAGAUCUUAACUAUUGUCGUGUAAGCGUGUAUGUGGUUCUCAGUGGACACGUUUAUCAUACCAUGCCAGUCCCGGCAUCCCAUCGGGCUGCUCCGAGUCUGUGAGCCCUCAGUUGUUGUCACGCAUGCUUGGGCCACACAUGCCGUGGCUUGUGGAUGCGAAUCACCGUCGAAAAUACAAACAGCUGCAACCUACGUCUCCGUUCCCCCGGCCCCACCUCACAGACGCCAAGGACAAAUUCCCCAGGACGCCACUAUCCUCUAUCUCUACAAGCGAAAAGCGUACCGGCAGCUCUGCGAUAAUCACAGACGAAUUUCGCUGCUCAACAUUGCCGUGGCGAUCAUUUGUGUCAACGACAGUCUGGAACAAGGACUGCGAAUUCGCUCUCACGCUCUUCAGCCUAAUUUUUUCUGCCAUGCUGGUGGUGGCCGAUGUGAUAAGUGCACUAGAAUCAGCAUCGUCUACAGGCCCAACGGCCAUUUUCUCAAUUUACCGCUCAUGUAGGCCCCAACACAUCUCUCCACGACUACUAUCCACCACCUGCUUUCUCUGGACGACUGACUGCUUAACACUGCGACAGAUACGUAUAUGCAGCGAGCAUGAAUCUCUGUACACCCGGCUUCAUGAACUUUGGACUGUCCAUCAACACGAAUAAAACGAUGGCCGUGGGUUAGCCGUUGUCGAACACCGAAUACAACAACCCUCGCAUCAUUCUCAAAGGCACUCAACAGAAAAUCAUUUAAGAGUUCGUCUACUUAGGUAGUGAACUCUUGCACAGCACCAUACUUGACGGCAAAGUGCCUCACCAGAUUUCUAAAGCCAGCCAAACCUUCGACCAGCUGCAGGAGUCAAUAUGGAUUCGUCGUGGUCUCAACCUCAACACCAAAUUCAAGAUGUUCAGAACUGCAGUCUUGAUGACGCCACGAGAGGGGGCAAUGGCCCGGACAGUCUGCAAGAAACAAACCGCAAAAUUCGACCACUUCCACCUCAGCCGCUUCCAAAGUAUAAUAAAGCUGAGGUUGCAAAACAGGAUUCUGGACACGAUUAUUUAGCCAGGAAAAGCAAUCACUUCCACCUUAGUUGUCUCCGCAGAAUGCUAAAGCUUGGGUAGUAGGACAGAAUCCUGGACACGGAAAUCCUUGAACACACCGAAGUUCCCAGCAUCCACGCCAUGUUGAGGCAAAUAAAGCUGCGCUGGAGCGGCCACACCCCGAGAAUGGAUGACGAGCGCCUACCGUAGCGACCCUUCUACGGCAGUGUCGUUACUGGUGCUCGCCAAUAAGGCGGCCAAAGACGGCCUUAUAAGAACCUCCCGAAAACCUCUCUCAAUCAACAGUAAAUCAACCCAGAGACCUGGGAGGGUCUCUCUCUGGACCGACCGGCCUGGAGAAGGGUAGUGAUGAAUGGAGAAACUGUCUGUGAGGCCAACCGGAUCGUUGCUGUCAAAACCCGAAGAGCGGCUCUCAAGUCUCAAACGCUUCAGACCAACAACAUCAAAACCCAACCCCUUUCAGCAUGUCCACGCCGUCAACGAACAUUUCACGCGCGUACAGGCUUCGUCGGGCCUCUCCGGACACAAUACAACAAUAACUUGGCAAUUCCACUUGCCUCCUCCACAAACGUCCCCAUCGUCACACGUGCAGCAACCUCAACGGCGUCCAUGACGACGGCCAUCACAAGCAUUACCGCCGUCGCCACCACCACGAUCUCUGAUCACACUCCUGAUUCCCCGACGCCGCGAUCACCGCCGCUGCGACAGCUCUCCCAUCUCUAGCACUAUCGCCCCCCUAUCUAUCUUUGCGGCGAACACUAGCAGCAUCACCAGUGCAACUGACUCGGCAGCUCCCGACCUAUCCUGCCCAUACUAUUGUUGCACAUGCACCUCACGCAUUGCCCUGGUCAGUCACGUGCGAAUCCAUCCCACAGGGACUGGCGAACCAGUCCUAGGAACACCAACAUACACCCGUUGCCAUCGCCUCAGCUGCCCGCACUGUCCACGCGCAUGCAGCCGUCGCAUGGGCCUACUCGACUACAUGCAUCCCCAUGCUACUCUCCGGUAAACCAUCGCAUACCUAACCCCACCACCACCCUCCGCACGCUAACUCAUAUCACCAACAGCAGCAAGGAACAAUUACCUCUCACCUAGGUGGGAAGCGUGAAAUACGGCUCCUUCUGCAUGUGACCCCUCGGCUACCCUAACACAUGUGAGUUCCAACUAACCCAUCUCCCUUGUGUGAAAUCUCGGUAUGUUUUGUGGGGGCAGGUCAUAGAUGACACUCGCAGACGGGUUACUUUUAGCUCUGUUAGUCACUGCGGCCAAUCUCAGAAUCAGUUGCUUGAAAGGCUUGAACAAUUGGCUGGUGUCUCUGCGAGGGAAGAGAGGGCGAGGUCGACUUGCAGCGCAUAUUCCUUACUAUAAACAUUUUGAGGCUCUUGAACUCAUUAGAGUGCGUUAAAAGCCGUGGCUUGGAAGCUUACCAACUGGCGAUUCAACGCGGACCUAACAGUCAGCCCAGCGUAUGUUUUUGCCCGGAGUGGCUGACUAGUCGAGUGUGAGCCCGGCUCAAUGCCUUCUUCACAAUGCGGUCUCUAUGGCACUCCCGCGCAUGUGAGAUCCGAGACACCCACUCCCUUUGUGUGAAAACCUGGUGUUUUGUAGGGAGAACCGGCUCGUGUGUGUGCGUGUGUGUGGCACGCGCAGUCGGGCUGCGCGAGGUUCAUGCAUCGGAAAAUUAACUGACUGAAACAGUCGAUUGGUGUCUGCGAAAGGGAAGAGAGAGUGAAUUCGACUCUGAGGAUUGCGUCCUCACGGCACCCAGCCGGUCAAACCUCAUCACCACAUACCUCCUCACCCGCACACACCAAAACACGAACCCGUUCCCCAUCAUCCACCAAAAAUAUGUAAUUGGCACCCCUCACUCAAUUGAGAAUCGUACUGUUUGGCUCCUUCUCCAUGUGACCCCAGCUACUCUAACACAUGUGACAUCAGAGCAGUACACCCCCUUUGUUUUUAAUCCUGGUGCAUUGUGUGGGGGAAGAUGUCGUGCGGGGCACUAGCGGACGAGUUGUCCAGCCCUGUCAGUCAUUGAGUCCGUCCUCAGCAUUUGCCGGCAUACUGGCCCGGACGGUGGAUUGAUGUUUGGGAGUGAGAAGAGGGAGCGCAUAUUUCUCACUAAAAAUAGUCUGAAGUCCGUUGAAUCUGCCAAAGCUAUGGCUUGGAAGGCUACCGACUGAGGGGAUAACUCGGUCAAUCCCUCAGGACGGAGAGUUGUUAGAAUGCAAUGGAUCCUUCUUACUUUGGCCUUUAUGACAGUUCCACUCAACCGGAAUCCGAUCUGCCCACCCCUUCUUGUGUGAAUUCCUGAUCCCUUGUGCGCGGAGCAGGGGAUGGUGUCACGCCUAGGCACGGGUUCGUUUCGUGCCAGCCACUUGUGUCGGAUUCUGCCGCCAGUCCUCUUGAUUCUUUCUUGAUACUGGGCCCUGGUGAGGGGGGGGGGGGAGAGUGCGGGAGAUGCAGCGCAAGACUACCAUCACUAUAGGUUAACGCACGCUCCAGUCACCGUUCCUGUGCCCACCAUGUUUUGGGUCACACGAUGAACAUCGUCGGUAAUGACAUGCGUUUCUAAGUCUUUCUGACCUACAUAUCAGGACGCUUGUUUUCAUAUAUGUCGUCCGCUGACCCAGUUUGUCUGCCUUGGGCCUUGUGAGUAGGGUGACAUUGUGAGCACUUGCCUGUUUUUAUCCCUCCUCUUCUUCUCGAAUACUUCGCUUUGAAGUGUCCCCCAACCCUUAGUUAAUCAAGGAUCAUUUCAGGCCCUUCUUCGAUCUUGUCUCGCUGUUUAAGGAUCUGGUAGACUUUCUUCUGCGAAUUCAGCUUACGAAUUUAGGAUGAACGCUCGUUUUUAUGACUUACGAAAUCUUACGAAUCACGUUCGAAAUCACCAUUCUAGUCCGCUUGAGGCCCAGCUCUGGCCGUUGCGGCCGUGGCUACCUUUCUUCCCAGUAUUUUGGCCGAUGGAAGGAGCUAGUAAAUUCUACAAGGUAAUGGGGUGUUCACAUUGCCACGAGGAAUAGUGCUGUUAGAAGCUUACUCUAUUUCCUUUUGCUCCCAGUUGGACUUUUGUUGGCCUUGGCGGACCAAAGCCUUAGUCUAUAAUCUUGAGAGCGUCAAAUUCGACUGGGGAUUAUAAGAGCCAAAGUUGUACAGGCGGAAAAGGCUAAAUUAUUCUGAUGAGUGGCUGGAACCAUGAAAAGGAUGCGUGCGCGCCUGCCAUAUAAUACUGCAGACAAUUUUUAAUACACCUUGAUUCCAACGGCUUAAGUAAGCCAGUUCACCAUGCAUCGCAUUUGUGUCUUCUCGUCACUGAACAGAAUUUAGAGACCUUCCAGUGGCUGGGCAGUCUAAUGUUUAUGCCGCAGAGGGGUAGUUCAGGGCAUCGAAUGUCGUGUCUGACAGAUACAAUCGUCGUUUUUUAAACAAGUUGAGGCAAGCUAAUUAUUGAUUGUAGUUAUAAGGCAAAUGUCUGCAUCUAUUUGUGCCAAACCACCUCAUCGUGUGGUGCGGGGUAUAGAGGAGCGAUUGCGACAUUAAUUGUGGAGACUGCAUGCCUGAUUCGCUUUAUGAUCAACAAUCUUGGUAUUUCCGCGUGGAGUUGGUGUUCGAUCCUGCUCGCGAAGCGGUUAAUUUAUCGACUUCAGACCAACAAUAAACUAAGUCAUCAAGGUCACUCUUUUACCCUUUUCAAGGUCUUCCAAAGGGUGUUAUGAUUCCGAACAAAAUGAUUAUUGCUAGCCUCAACAACAACAUGGUGAACUCUGGAACCGACGUGAGUUUCCUUUAAUCAGCCUUUAUUAGUAUUUUCACAUGACGCUUACCUGGCAGUCACGGAUGGGAUCUGAAAUCAUUCUCGUUCUUUUCUCUUCUGCACAGUGGCUGUGCUAACUCGUGAAAUUUCAUGGGUUUCACAGGAAAACCCCUGUAACGCAAACCCGCCUACGGGUAGCCCUCUCAACUUUUUCAAGCAGCAAAGUAAAGACCGUUCUUACAGAGAAGGAAUAUUUUGGUUUAUUAAACAAUAUUUGCUAACAUUAAAAUAAUUACUUUUCCCCGAAAACUCGAAUUCCACAAGACGGCUUUAUUACGAAUCCCGCAAUUAAGGUUAAAUAUAAGAGCGUAUAACAAAGGGAACGCAUGAAAAAAGAAGAAUACUGAAAACUAAUAACAAGUAUAAAGGUUAGUGUCCUGAUCACUGUCUGUCCGCGUUUAAAACCACUUUACUCAUAUCUGACAUGGACACGGCCAAGCUGUCUAUGGUGGUUUCUUUAAUGUGAGUAUCAAGCAGCAAAACCAAGCUUUUCUUGUAUUGAAUUAUUCUUUUUUGCCUUUUACCACUUCCUUUUUGUAAGUGAAAAGGUUUCUGACGCGAUCAAGAUCGUGAGCUGUUAGCAGGCAUAAAAGUAAUUUGCAGACGGCAGACGGUGAGGUUGACUAUUUUCUGAAAAUUUAGAGUAUAUUUGCAAGCGUUACCAAAUUUGUACCACGAUAGAGAGAUGAGCAAGAACAUUAUCAAGCAACAGUAUGAAGUCCACUCCGCGUCGGUGAAUGACUUUGUAGCCGAGGGCAUCCUUCACAAUAUCGAUGUAACCCUUGCUUCUUGGACCGCCAGACUGGCUGUUCCCCAAACCAUCAACCCUCGAAAAUCAUUGAAUGUUGCAGUCAGUGCAGUGUAAUCUCUUGGAGAGUUCAUUCCACAUAUGACCAACUGGAUCGACUUCGUAGGCCUGUCUAAAAAUAAGACUUCAGAUGAAACCAGUUUAUCGAGUCGUCCGGCUGACCGAAAAUCUUGUGACUCAUGUGACAGUUCGACCGUCGUUACCGAUGAUGUCCACCGUUUGCUCCGCAGCGAAGUGAAGCAGGCAUGGUGACAUGCGCAUGAUUUGGUUUAUAGUGAAUGUGGACUUGCGCAGCAUCUACCACACUCUCUCCUCCUCCCGCACGUGGGUCCGGUGUCAAGAACGAGUUAAGAAAACCGGAGGCGUUGGAGCCUGCAGGUGGAUGUACGUAGGGCAUACAGUUAACAGCCAAACUAGACGUUGAGGCCUAUGGGAAUGAUAUGCAGACGCCCGUACGUUUACCACUUAUGCACAUCACAAAAACUGUUCUUUCCUAGAUUUUCACGGAGUAUGAUGUCUAUCUCUCCUACCUACCUCUGGCGCACAUAUUCGAGCAAAUGUUCGUGGUAGGUCAAUUUUUUUUGUGUUUGACUCUUCGAAACUGGGUAAGUACGUACUUUAAAAGGCCGCUCAACGGACGCUAUCAGGAGCAUAAAGGACAAAGAGUUACAAUGAGGGUAGGGCAGUUGUAGUAUUUUAUUGAGGCCAAGCGGUCUUUCCGUGAUAUAUGAAGUGAUGUAUUCCUUCAGUCUGAUUAUUUACUUAAACAAUUCGGGAUUUCGCAUGUCAAGGUCGAAAGAAGGCGGUCCUUUGCACCUAACUAUUGAGUGCAUUAUUUGGAACGUUUUUUACACUGAAUAGUCUGAACCUUCAGGCGACAGAGGUCUCUACUCUGGGCGUUUAAAAUUUCGUCUAAAACUAUAAAACCGAGGACUGAAGAAUUCGGGCAGCACAUUGUAUUGGGCCUCUUUGGUAACUAGGGCACAAGGUGUCUUUGCUUCAUGGUAAAGAUUUUUCGACAUAUUUCAAACCUUAACGCCAGGAACAGCUGAAUUGGUUUUCAAGCUUGAUGGAAGAGCCUGAAGUGAAGACAUCUCUGGAUCCUGCUUAUACAGCCUGCUUGAAGUAGAAACCGGACUGUCAAAUCAGACAAUGGGAGGACUAGUUGUAGUAGAGCUGUUUCUCUGCUCUUCUUAGCUGAUCUCCAUAGGUCAUCCAGUACAGCCAGGUUGUGUGCCCCCUAUCUUCCUUUAUUCAAGUAGGACAUACUUCGCCCUGCUUUGUUUUCAC